UUCCAGAAGUGUCGUGAACUGGUUUGAUUUGUGUUGUUGUUGUUGCCGCGCUCUGAUCCCCGCAGUGCUGACGGUGAAUGAGAAAAGUUGUACGGUUCCGAGCGCGCACCGGCGCACGCGCGUGAGGAAACUUGAGGAAAAGUUGAAAGAAAGCCUCUGAAAUGGGACUAAAGCUGAGUGUUUUGAUUGUAAGGACUUCUGUCAAAGAAAGUGACACAGACGGACAGACAGAUAAAAAGCGAGAGAGGGAGUGUGAAAGAGGGAGGAGGCGGGCGGGAGGGAGAGGAGGGGUUAUCCUGUUUCUGCGUCUUUGCCCGGCAGUGCCCUGCACUCUGACGAAGCCUCAACACAGAGCUGGACGGGGAAUAACCCAAAAUACUUUUCAAUCUCCAAACUGAAAACUUUUGAAAGCUGCUGAAAACGACGCCGAGGUGUUUGUUUUUUCCCUCUCAGUCUCUCGGUGGAGCGCAAACGGAGGAGUUACCAAAAGUCCACGACGCGCUCCAGCGAUGGUGACUUUACGCACGGGAUUUGACGGCUGUUUGAACUGACUGCUGGGCACGCGCGCUCCUGUCCGCCCGUUAACGCGCUCCAACUUUACAAGAAGUGAACACAGAAGAAGUGAAAACAGGUUCAUGAAUUGUAAAGCUUUUCACCAGUGAGAAGAGGGUGUUGGAGCUGAAGUCCCUUAUUUCUAAUGAUGUCUUCCAUGCGAGCAACUCCUCCCUUUCGCCCACCGUCUGAGGAGGCAGAAGCGAUGGGUCAGGACAGCGCAGUCUGGGCCGACGACGAGCCAGAGGCCCCAAAGGAGACGGGGUCCCCCUUGUUACCUGAUCAGCCUCACUCGGAUGAACUUCAGCCCGUCAGAGAAAAGCGGAUGGAUGCUGACUGGGAAAAUGUCGCCCCUGCUGCGAUGGACAACGAAAGCAACAAAAGCUGCUCUGUCUACUCCCAUCGGAAUAACUCAACGUCUCCAACCAAGCUGGAGGAGUGCCCGAGGGACCGUGGAGAGCCGAUGACCGGCUUUCCCUUUGGAACACCAGAGCGCCGCAAAGGAAGCCUGGCAGACGUGGUGGACACUCUGAAACAGAAGAAACUGGUGGAGUUGACAAAGACAGAACAAGACGAGACAUCUUGCAUGGAGAGGCUCCUGUCCAAGGAGUGGAAGGAGCGAGUUGACCGCCUGAAUGCCAACGAACUGCUGGGGGAAGUUAAAGGCACGCCAGAGUCACUCGAGGAAAAGGAGCGCCAACUUUCCACCAUGAUCGGUCAGCUGAUCAACCUUAGAGAGCAGCUUCUCGCCGCCCAUGACGAGCAGAAAAAGAUGGCCGCCUCGCAGCUGGAGAAGCAGAGGCAACAGAUGGAGCUGGCCAGGCAGCAGCAGGAGCAGAUUGCCAGACAGCAACAGCAGCUCCUGCAGCAGCAGCACAAGAUAAACAUCCUCCAGCAGCAGAUCCAGGUCCAGGGUCACAUGCCUCCGCUGAUGAUCCCGGUGUUUCCACACGACCAGCGGUCUCUGGCUGCCGCCGCCGCCGCACAGCAAGGCUUCCUCUUCCCCCCCGGCAUGUCCUACAAGCCAGGUGAGAAUUACCCAAUGCAGUUCAUUCCAUCGACAAUGGCGGCGGCGGCGGCGUCUGGACUCAGCCCUUUACAGCUACAGCAGCUGUAUGCCGCACAGCUGGCAAGCAUGCAGAUCUCACCAGGGGCCAAAAUGGCUCCCCUCCCUCAGGCUCCCAACUCCUCCAGUCCUCUGUCCCCUUCCACCCUGAAGAGCGAGAAACAAGCCGCCAGCCCAGUCGCUCAGAUCAAGGAGGAAGGAUCCACGCAGCCCCUCAACCUCUCAGCCAGACCUAAAACAGCCGAGCCUCUCCGCUCCCCGACGUCCCCCACUCAGAGUCUGCUGUCUGGAAGCAAGACCAGCCCCACCGGCAUCGGCAAAGGUCGCAUCCCGAGCCCAAUCCCCAACAUGGGCAGGAACAGCUCCCUGGACAUCUUGUCCAGCCUGAACUCCACGGCGCUGUUUGGGGACCAGGAUGCGGUGCUGAAGGCCAUCCAGGAGGCCAGGAGCAUGAGGGAGCAGAUCCAGAGAGAGCAGCUCCACCAUCAGCAGCACCCCCAGCAGCCGGGGCCCCAGAGCCUUGAUGCCAAACUGUCGGCACUCAGCGGCAUGAGCCUCAACAAUGGCAACAAGGAGCGACUACACUACGAGACACUGAGCCAACAUCUAGGGAAGCUGGGGGAGGACGCUGGGAAGAUGGUCCAUCGAGUCAUUGACCUGACAAGACCAGAAGAUUUGGACGGGAGUAGCAUCACAGAAGCGCGUGUCUUCCGGGAGGCACGGGGCAGGAACACCAGUGAGCCCCACAUCAAGAGGCCAAUGAACGCCUUCAUGGUUUGGGCCAAAGAUGAGAGGAGGAAGAUCCUGCAAACCUUCCCCGACAUGCACAACUCCAACAUCAGCAAGAUCCUCGGUUCUCGCUGGAAAGCCAUGUCCAAUCAGGAGAAGCAGCCCUACUACGAGGAGCAAGCCCGCCUAAGCAAGAUCCACUUGGAAAAAUAUCCCAACUACAAGUACAAGCCCCGGCCGAAGAGGACCUGCAUCAUCGACGGCAAAAAGCUGCGCAUCGGGGAGUACAAGCAGAUGAUGCGGUCCCGGCGCCAGGAGAUGAGGCAGUUCUUUGUCGGGCCUCAGCCACCUAUCUCUCUGGGCAACAGCACAGGAGGUGUAGGAGUCUACCCGGGCGCCAUAACCAUGGCAACAGCUGCCACGCGGUCCCCGCACUUGACCUCAGACUGCUCAAGCAACUCGGUGAGCCCAGAGCCGACUGUCCCCGUCAUUCAGAGCACGUUCAAGGUGAAGUCUGAGCCCGGCGGGGGCGGGGGCAGCAACGGCGGUGGGGUCGGCUCCUUGGAUCUGCCCGGUGACCCCGCCAACGGAGACGAGGACAUGGACAUGUACGAGGACUUCGAGGAUGACCCCAAGUCAGACUAUAGCAGCGACCACGAGACGCAGGAGGCCGUCGGUGCCAACUGAGCAUGCUCAGGGUUUAAGGUGUUAAAAAACAUCAAAACAAUCCAACAAGUCCUAUUCCACCCAAACAACAAAUCUUUUAAGGACAGUUCCUUCAAGAGGCAUGCUUUCAGGACUCCACGCACAGAGAACGAAUGCCCAGCAGGAAGAGGAACUCUGCAGACAUGCUCAUAAAAUGGAAGAACGGCGCUCAGUGUCAGAUGAACAAUCCUCUGAUCAAGCUGACAAUGAGCUUCAGUUUCCUACGACAAUCUUAAACGGAGCGACGUGGACUUUAGAAAAGGACUGUGGGAAAGCGGGACGACGAACAAACGAGCAACGGACACAUGGCUGUGUGGUUUGGAUGAAAGAGCAUGAAGCGUUAGAAACUGUUCUUUGACAGCUAUUUGGUCUUAAAUGUUAAAGGAGUGCUUUAGUUUGAUUAUUUAGAGUUGACCCCCCCCUACUUGUUUUCUGCUCUCUGACAGGUCACUGCCUGUAAAACUCUGGACUGUCGAACUUGAAAUCUGAAAAGUUUUUAAUAUAAAUCCUAGGUCUUGUAAUCUUAUAGUCUUACUUUUUCAUAUAAAUUGAAUGCUACAUCCUUUUUUUCCCUCUGCAAACUGCUUGCAUCCCAUUACAGUUCUCUUUUUUUAUAUCCCAGCUCAGGUAUUAAUUACAAACUAAAGGGAGGACAAUCCCCUAUUAUUACUAUUAUUAUUAUUAUUAUUAUUAUUAUUACUAUGAUAGGUCAGGAAUUACCCAGACUCUGUACAGAUAUUCUUCAAAUGUGCCAAACAUUCACAUCUACUUGGGAUGUCGUAGUCUUAAUUUCUAUUGCUGCAGAAAAGUCUUAUAACUUUUUCUAUCCGACACAACGGGCUCUGUCUUUAGUAAAUGCCGGCUCCCCUUCACACUCGAUCCAGGCAGAGCUCAGAGAAAACACGUCUUCAUUACACUCGGUCACACAUGCAGCCCUUUAACUCUGACAGGUAUGAAGCGCGGCGGCGUGGAAAGCUCCGGCUCUUCUCCUCGCCACUGCAUUGGUGCUGUGGUAACCACGUUGCCCUUAGAUCCUUGGGGCCAAACGUUUAUGCAGUCGCUGCAGCGCAGUGCCAGCGUCUGUCUCUUUAACCCUAGAACUCUUUCGCUAUAAAACUUACACCAUCACUUUUGCUGGAUAAUUUUUACCCGAUAUAAUAUGCCCAAUAAAAAGUAUUUGUCAUAAAAAAUAGAUCCAAAUGUGACAACACAUGAUAAAUUAGAGUAGCUUUCUUAUAUUUUUG